UGCAUCAAAAAAUGUGGUAAACAGUACCGUGGCCUUGAUGAAUUUCCAGAAAUAACAUAACUGGCCUUGUUAUUGCUGUUAGCGGACAUACCUGCACACAUUUCUGCCUGUCAGAGCUUGGUCCGCAAGGAGUCGCUCAGUGGUUCUCUGUGUCCUGCUCCUGGUCGCUAUCUGAUCGUUGAAUAGGAGCAGGCCCUGUCUUAAGGGAAAAACAUCCAUGACUUCCUUUCCUCUAUAUGUGAAUGUUUACCAGGUCUCGUCAGCCCCCUUUAUACCCAUGAGUGCAAUUUUCUCCUUGAGCUCGGCCAAGCGCCAUGCCUGACCGGGACGGUUCCUACCUGUCAGGUGGUGGUGGAAGUGGUGGUAGUCUGAGUGAGGAAGGAGGAGCUGGGUCUGGUUUGGCAGGGUGCUCUGCAGAGGGCAGAGGGGGUCCAGGAGGAGGUGUUGGGAGCAACGUCUCUGGGUCUGGGGGUAUGGGGGGAGGAGGGGCACUCGGAAACGGCAACAGCUGUGGGAAUGGUGGAGGCAGUGGGCAAGGUGCAGGACUGGCAUUGGACGGGGUCUGCAGGGACUUCAUACGCAAUGUGUGUAAGAGGGGGAAGCGCUGCCGCUUUAGACACCCAGACUUUAAUGAAGUGCCAGACUUGGGAGUGCAGAAGAAUGAAUUCAUCUUCUGUCAUGACCAUCAGAAUAAAGAGUGUAUGCGCUCCAACUGUCGAUUUGUCCAUGGAUCUAAAGAGGAUGAGGACUAUUACAAGAAAACAGGCGAGCUACCCCUCAGACUAAGAGGGAAAGUUGCAGCACGACUGGGCUUGUCCCCUAUGGAUCUCCCCCAUAGCCGAGGGGAGGUCCCCAUCUGCAGAGACUUCCUGAAGGGAGAGUGCCAGAGGGGGAAUAAGUGUAAAUUUCGCCAUGUCAAAAAAGACUACGAAUAUGAACCUUCCAGGGUUGGAGUGGGUGGUGUUAUAGGGCCAAGUGCCAGUGGAAUGGUAAAUGCAGUGGGAGGCAUAGGUGGUGUAGGAGGAGGUGCCUGUGGAGGAAUGCCAGGACUUGUGGGAGGUGGAGGUGGAAGUAAUAUGAUGGGGACGGGCUGCCCCAGCUUGGGUGGCUGCAGAGAUCCUGGUAUCUCAGGAGUUGGAGUAGGUGGAGGAGGGAUGGCUGGUUGUUUGUCCUUAGGUUCUGCGGGACAGCGACGUUAUGAAAGGACCCCAUGCUCUGUAUAUGACCCUUUGCUUGAAAGUGGGCUGUUUGAUGCUGGGUCACUGGAGGCCACUAUGGACCACACUUCUCUACAGCUGAAGAGGCGGCGGCUGGAGGGGCUGCGACUGGCAGAUGGGAGUACAGGUGGACACUAUGAGUUAGGAGUCCAGGCCACCUUUCCGCCUCGUCCUCUCGAGUACAGGUUCCUGGAGGAAGAAAACUCCCUGCUGAGGAAGAGGGUGGAAGAGUUGAAGAAACAGGUUUCAAAUCUCAUUGCUACAAAUGAGGUUCUCCUGGAGCAGAACGCCCAGUUCCGAAGCCAGACCAAGGUGAUGACGCUGUCCUCUACCCCUGCCCCCUCUGAGCAGUCUCUGGCCCCCCCUGUGGGUGCAGUCAGUUCCUACAAUCACAGCAUCGCCCAGACUCACACCACCCUAAGCAGCGCUGGACUGCAGCCUCGACCUGUCACCCAGCAGGACCUGGUGGCACCCACCGGUGCCCCUUCAGCACCCCCAAGCAAUGCUGCCCCACCAACGGCCCCUCCACCCCACCUGAACCCUGAGAUCACCCCCCUUUCAGCUGCCCUUGCACAGACAAUUGCUCAAGGGAUGCCGCCUCCUGUUUCUAUGGCACCGGUGGCCGUCUCCGUGGCACCGGUGGCAGUGUCCAUGACGCAGCCUCUGCCUGGCAUCACCAUGAGUCAUGCCACCACCCCCAUGGUGUCGUACCCCAUUGCAAGUCAAAGCAUGAGGAUCACCACUCUGCCUCAUUAACUGAAAGACAGAGCUGUGGUACCAAUAAGACAACUGUAACAUUCUCAAUGGGGUUUUUUGAGAUGGAUGGUCUCCUAUCAUGUAUAUGGCAUUAAACCGAUGACACAACAGUGACAACAAUGAAAAUGAAGCUUGUACUUCCCCACCAGAGGGCAGGAUAAACACUUCUCUGUUCAGACGAUCUUUUCUGUGGCAACAUCACAAACAGAUUUUUUUUUGUACAGACUGACUGACCUGUGAACUUCGACAAAAGUCUGUGAACCAAAGCGAUCUUUUCAAACACCAGAAAUGACAACAAACUGAAAAUAUGUUAAGUCAUCCAUAGUGUUUGAAGCAUUACUGCAAGACUGCUCUGCUGUCCUUGUGGGGACAAUGAAGACUGUCGAAGCCGUUUAUGUUUAUUUUUUUGUUAGUUGCUUUGGUGUAAAUUAACUUUGGUACUUUGCACAUUUCAAAGUGAAUUACAACAACUCAACAAUGAAUUUUGUGUCAUGUCAGUUUGUUUCCAACUGUACUGUUACAAUUCUCAGUUCACACAGGUAAAAUAAAGAAGACAUGGCGAGGGAAGAACAGUUUUAACUGGCAAAUCCUCUUGUCAACAUGCUAUUGCUUGAAUUAUUUGGGUGGGGUCCAGGUGGAGUUACAUUGUGUA